AUGGCUUCUCUUCCAUACCCUUCCACCCUUCUCGUUUUCUCCAUCUUGCUCGCUUGGUUUCCGAAUCCCAUUGUUCCACAGAGCCCGGCGGCGGCGGCGGCCGGGACUACUCUCGGUUCACCGCCGGCCGCCACCCUCGCCGAAUGCGAGACGAGCCUUCUGCAGCUGGCCUCUUGCAUCCCGUUCGUGCAGGGAGCAGUGCCCUUGCCGUCGCAGCCGUGCUGCGGAGGCCUGAAACAGCUCUACGACCAACAGCCCGGCUGCUUUUGCCUCCUGCUGCUUAACGCCACCGUCUUUGGGCCCUUUCCCAUUAACAGCACGCUUGCUUUCCAGUUGCCUCCUCUUUGCGGCCUCCAACCCGACUUUUCUGCAUGCUCAGGGGUGCCUCCACCUCCACCUGCUGCUUCUAAUCAAGUUUCGUUUGGGACGAAGCCCAACUCCACGGCUGCUCCAGGUUCUCCGGCGGUCACCAUGACUCCGAGCCCGGCCGUCGUGGGAUUUGGACUUGGCCACAGUGGUGGCGCGAAGCUGGAGACCGCAGCGUCGGCGGCGGCCGUAACAUCGGUUGUGUGGAGAAUGGUCUAUAGCUACUUGUAG